GACGGCUCUUGUUCUUUUUCUUUCAGAUUUUCAAAUGAAACAGGCAAAUAAAGACUGUGAAUGAAACAGAUUGUGAACCAAUGCAUUAGCUACAGCAUAUUUCUGUAGAAACAGUUGAAACAAACAUCGCCAAGAUGAUGGUAAUUGUGUAUGGAUGUUUUAUUGCAUUUGGUAUGGUUGCUGUAGUCCUGCAAGCCAUGGCAUACAAAACAAGACCAGAUGUGUCGGAAGGAAACAACCCGCAGUUUCUCAAAUUUCAAAGAGGUUAUUUUGCUGCUUACCUAACGGCCAUGUUCGCAGAUUGGCUGCAGGGACCAUACCUGUACAAGUUAUAUUCAUACUACGGAUUUCAAGAAGAACAAAUUGCAGUACUAUACGUGUUUGGGUUUGCGUCUACAGUGAUAAUUGGAAUGUGGGCACCUCUAGCAGCUGAUCAGUUUGGCAGAAAGAAGCUCUGUCUUUCAUUCACGGUCCUUUAUUCUGUAUCUUGUUUGUUGAAACUGUCAAGAAGCUAUGGGAUAUUGAUUCUUGGAAGAGUGAUUGGAGGUGUGGCUACUUCAGUUUUGUUCUCUGCAUUUGAAGCAUGGUAUGUACACGAACAUAUAGAGACACAUGACUUUCCAAAGGAAUGGAUAGCUGUAACAUUUGCUAAAGCAUCAACUUGGAAUGGAGUUCUUGCCGUGACUGCAGGAAUAGUAACAAAUAUUGUGUCGGAAUGGUUUUAUAUGGGACCUGUAGCACCAUAUAUGUUAGCCAUACCAUUCCUCAUAUUUGCUGGAAUUUUAGUAUCUACACACUGGAUUGAAAACUACAGUGGAAGCAAAGUGAAAUUUAAGAAAGUUUGUGCUGAUGGAUUCAAGGGAAUUAUGUCCAGUGAGAUGAUAUUUAUGGUAGGCGUUAUUGAAGCGCUUGUUGAAAGUGUUAUUUAUAUCAUCAUUUUCCUUUGGACUCCGAUUCUCGAUCCUAGUAAACCAUCGUUAGGAAUAGUUUUCUCAUGUUUUAUGGUCUGCAUUUUAGCGGGGCAAGGAUUGUUUCAAAUUUUAUCUAGUAAACAUAUCGAUGUUCCAGUUUUAUUAUUAUCUUCAUGCGGAAUUGCUCUGUUAGCUAAUUUGUUAUGCGUGCAUUCUACAGACCCAGAAAGCCGGAACCCAAAUCUCUCAUUCAUUGCAUUGUGUAUGUUCCAGUUCGGAGUCGGUAUUUAUUUUCCCGCGAUGGGAUAUUUACGAAGCCAUAUCAUUCCAGAACAGCAUCGUUGGAGUAUAAUGAACUGGUUCCGAGUUCCAAUAAAUCUUAUAUCAUGCAUUGUGCUCAUGUUGUUACAUGAAGAUAUGUUCAAACACGGGAACAGAAUGAUUUUCGUGAUUUGUUCUGGACUUCUUACAUUGUCCUUGCUGUGUGGAUUAAGGUUUUUCAAACUUGCAAAAGAAGAUGAAAGCUUAAAACAAAGUUCUCCAUUAAUGACAACAAACAAUAAUGGAAUCAGGUUUGACAGUUGAAAUUUGGUUAGGUUUUGAUUUUUACUCCAUUUUGCUUAUAAUUUAUUUUGUCCACAAUUGAAGUGGAUAAUGUGGGCAGUUGUUGGUAUUUUGUCCACAAUUGAAGUGGAUAAUGUGGGCAGUUGUUGGUAUUUUGUUUGUUUUAACCUCAAGGGAGGCACACAAAUGAGGCAUAUAGUUUAAUGAAAUGUCAGAACAGGGAGACACUGCUUGCUUCACCGUUGACGGCUUGAGGACCUGGGCUAGCUUGAGCAAUUUUUGUGGUCCACAGUCAUUAUACCCCCACAAAACGAAGUUUGGGGGGGGGGGGGGUAUAUAGGAGUGAGCUUGGCGGUCGGUUGGUCGGUCUGUUGGUUUUCAUGGUUUCCGGAUGAUAACUCUUGAAAGGCUUGACCGAUUUAAAUAAUUUUUGGUACACAGGUGCAACAUCAGAAAAUACAGGUAAAGCUUGAAUUUGGGGUCAGUAGGUCAAAGGUCAAGGUCACAGUGACCCUGAAAAGUAAAAUGGUUUCCAGAUGAUAACUCAUGAAAGGCUUGACCGAUUUAAAUAAUUUUUAGUACACAGGUGCCAAGUUCGACUUUGAGGUCUGUAGGUCAAAGGUCAAGGUCACAGUGACUGGGAACAGUUAAAUGGUUUCCGGAUGAUAACUUGAGAACGUUUGGGCCUAGGAUCAUAAAUUUUAGUACACAGGUGUAACAUUAUGAAAUACAGGUCAAGUUCUACUUUGAGAUCAGUAGGUCAAAGGUCAAGGUCACAGUGACUCGGAACAGAUAAACGGUUUCCAGAUGAUAACUUGAGAACGCUUGGGUCUAGGAUCAUAAAUUUUUGUACACAGGUGUAACAUGAUUGAAUACAGGUCACCUUCCACUUUGAGGCUAGUAGGUCAAAGGUCAAGGUCACAUUGACCCGGAACAUUUAAACUCACAGUUUUCGCACAAUAACUUCAGAGCGCUUGGGACUUACUAAGGAUCACAAAACUUAAUAGGGAGGUUGAUCAUGACCAGCAGAUGACAUGUAAUGAUUUUGAGUUCCAAAGGUCAAAGGUCAGAGUGACCCAGAACAUUUAAACCUUAUUCGGACAAUAACUUGAGAACGCUUAGGCCGAGGAUCUUGAAACUUCAUAGGGAGGUUGAUCAUGACCAGCAGAUGACCUCUAUUGAUUUUGAGGUCAGUAGGUCAAAGGUCAAGUUUGUUCAGCUUUGACAUUGGCUUAGUUCUGUGACAGUUGUGGGGGUAUAAUUCGUCACUCCUGUGACAACUCUAGUUUUCCUUAUAUUUUCUCUGUUUAGAUCUCAGUAAUCCUGGAUAACUAAAGUAUUUUGCUCAUCAUUUUGUGACUUUGACUGAUCAAUGUUUACUGUAUAUCAGUUUGUCCGUCUGUCCAUCCAAUAUCUUUGGUGUCUGUGCUAUAACAUUUAAACAAUUUAAGGGAUACUCUAGUGAAACUUUAUACAAAUAUUCAGCAUCUUGACUUGUGAGAUAUGCUGUUCCCAGCAGUCGGAUCUGACCCUCAAGGUCAUGGUCACAAGCAAGGACCAUAACCAACAACCAACAGACAAAGGCCCUCUGCUUCAGUGGCAUUUGUCACUUACUGGUAACUUUUCGUUGUCUUUACAUGAAACACUGGAUUUUGAUGCAAUUGUCAUCAUACAUGUAGUUGCUUUAAAUUAGUUUGUGUUAUUGGGAUUAUUUUUUUUUGCAACCUUUUGGGUAGCAAUAAUUGUUCUACAACAAAUAGAGAACAUGUACAAUUACUUUGAUAUGUUUGAUAUUUGUAUAUCAGCAGUGUUCGUGAACUGUAUCAGGCUAAAAAGAACUGUUUUACUAGAUACAGGAUAAUGGUGCAUUCUGUUUUAAUGAAAUUUCUUUUAUUUAAAAAGUUCUUUUUUCCUUGGUCCAAGUCAUUUCAUUUUGUUACAAUGAAUUGUUAAAAUAAUAUUUUGUUUGUUAAGCUCAUAGUGCUUUAUGCUUCUGUUUAGUAUGGAUUGCUAGGUAUUACUUUUUGUGCCCCCACCACUCAAUGGAGAGGGCAUAUAGAUUUGGUCUUUUCCGUGUAUCCAUCCAUUCGAAAAAAGUUGUGAAGUGCCUAGCUCAAAAAGUAACUGAUAUAAACUGAGGAAACCUUGCAUGGUUCUUUAUCAUGAUAUGAACUUGCGCACCUACUAUUUUCUGUCUGGCUCCGCCCCCUAUUUCCAGAGUUGUGGCCCCUGAAAAAGUAAAAAAUGCACAUUUUCACCUUGUGACGCGCCUAGCUUAAAAAGUAUUGAAACCUUGCAUGAGUCUUUAUCAUGAUGUGACCUUGCCCACUUGGCAUUCUUCUUGAGAUGUUAGCGCUAGUUACAAGAGUUAUGGCCCUUGAAAUAGCCAAAAUAGUGGAUUUUUUAUGAUGCUCAUACUCGUAAAGUAUAUGGCCAAGAAUAAAUGAAUCCUUUAUAUAAAAUGUUUGUUGAGGCUAUACCCCUUUAAGAAUGCAAACAUUUGAAUUAUUGCACCUUAUUUGUGACAAAUGUACCAGUGGGGGCACACCCUGUGUCCUACAGACACAUUCCAGUUUGCAGCUUGCUUAUAAGUAUGCCUUUAGAGCAUCAGUAAGUUGAUUUCUAACAUCACUGACCAUGUUUAAAGCAUAGAAAGUGCAGUUUUGCAAAAACAGUAUUCUCCAGGGCCGUAAAAACAUUUAGGGUCGUGCCAAAAAUUUAGGGUAGGUCGGGAUACUGGAAAUAAUUUUUUUUUAUGCCUCAGUGUAAUUCCAAUCAAUACAAUUUGUUCUUUUAAGGCAAAAAAUGCAAGAUUUACUUAAUGCAUGAAUACUCAUAGAUGUCUGUAAUAUUUACAUGUUGCAGCAUAUAGAAUACAUGAUCUGUAACUAUAUAAAUGCAGAAUACCAAUUUGUGGCUCCAGUUAAUUGAAAAUGCUGAACUGUACUAGGAAGGUACACAACUGUACAUGUAUAUUUUCUUUGUGCACUGUAAUCAUAGGAUGAAUUCACCAUAUGAAGGUAGUUUUGCAGUAUAAUAUAUGCCAGUGAGGAAUUAUUGCUUUUCACAUGAUAAAAAGUGUUAAUUUGUCUUUCUUUCAAAUAUAGCCAGGAUGAGGAAAUAAGAUGCUGUGUAUUCAUUACCAAGGGUAAAUGCAAAUUGUGAUUUUGAAAGAAGCUUUCUGCUUGCCUAUAAUCUGAAUAAUUACAUUUAUUCACUGAGGAUUGUUUACAAAUUAUGAAAAAUGCUUAGUACAGUUAAUUAAGAUCUUUGAACACAUUUUUUCAGAUGCAUACUUAAUGUGACAGCCAGUUAAGGAAACAAAUUUUUUGCAUACAUAGAAAUGUUUAUAAAUUCUCAUUCUUAUAAAGUGUUUAAGACUUAAAUGCUCUCGGGUUUUUUAUCUGUAGUUUUAUUUUAUUUUGGAUUAUUUAUGGUACUAUGUGUUUUUGUUCAUAUUGGUUGGUCAGUCUGUCUGUUGGUAGGUCUGUCAGUGGACAAUUUGGUUUCCAAUCAAUAAUUGGAUUAAUAUGGUCAUGAAUGUUUGCCAGUGAUCAUUAGAUUACCCUAUUGUUUUUGGGACCAGUAAGUCAAAUGUCAAAGUCUCAGUGACCUUAACUUUUAAACAAUUUUCAAUCAGUAAUGAAAACGCUUUAGCAUGUCAAACUUUAUAGAAUGAUUGUCUGUGAUCAGAAGAUCAGUGUUUGAUAUUGGUAUUUGGAUCAGUUAAGGCCAAAUGUCAGUGUGUCACCUUCAGACUAAAAUAUAUUUCUGAUCGUAACUGGAAAAUGUUUGGGUCUGUGUCCAUUUACUUCAUUGUAUGAUUGUCUAUGGUCAGUAAAAAGCCAGUGUUUUUUGGCAGGUUAGGCUGUUAUAGGACAAAUUCAAAGUGCCUCUGAGAUUUAAAACAGAUUCUGAUCAUUAACUGUAGAGAAUACUUUGGCCAAGGACUGUCAAACUUUAUAGGGCAGGUUCAUUGUGUCCUUGAUACUAAAACUUGUUUUCAUAACACAAGCUAGUGAAUGCAUAGACUUAAUAUUGUCUGUAAUCAGUAGAUCUGCUGUAUUGGGGUCAGGAGGGCAAAGGUCAAGGUCACAUACCCUUGAGAUUAAUAAUGGUUUAGGAACAACUGUAGGAAAAUACUUGGGCCUGCAGCCUGUAAACUUCAUAGCAUGACUGUAGUCACCAAAUGCCCCUUAAUGUUUUCGGGUCAUUCAGUCAAAGGCUAGGUCACAGCAUACUUGAAACUGAAAAUCACACACCCAAGAAUCUCGGACAGGCCAUUAGGGGGGAGAUGUGUGUUUUACAAACAGCUCCUGUUAAAUUCUUGCAUUGAUAUUUUACAUAUUUAUUCUUACUAGACAAACUAAUUAAAUCUGUAAGAAGUUACAUUGGAAACACAGAAUACAACCAAACAAAACAAUAGCAGAGUUUCCAUCCCUGAAGAAUUCUACAAUUUGGCUGAUGGUCCAUCAGAACACAAUAGACCACCCCUAGUCCUAGAAAGGUGCAAGGAUAGGUAAAAGCAACAUUGUUAAGACUAAAAUUGAUGAUGAAACUGUGAAAAAAAAGCACCAUUUAUAAGACAAACUUCGUGAAAUUGAUAUACUUCUGAAGAUAACUGUUUCAACAGAUGAAUGUUCUGACCUUAGGGAAAUUUUCAAGGAUUAAUGAAAAUUCAUUAUAUAUGUCAUUAUGUAAACAUAAUGUUUAAUCAAUUGCAUUUAAUCAGUAGUAUAGAUAAUGCUCCUUGUGGUUCUGGGACGAUCUGUGUAUGAAAAGAAUUGGAACCAUUGCCUUACCCUUGCAUGAUCGUAAGAGGCGACUUAUAGGGUCUUAACACUUGGUUUUGCUAUAACUCUGUGAUUCCAGCAGGUAUGCAAAUUUUGAUUUCAUACCUCAUGUUUUUAUUUCGAUGUAAAUGAGAUGAGAAACCAAAAUUUGUAGUCCUGUUUGGUGCCAUAUAACCUAUACUGUGUUGGUGCGCCAUAAAACCCAAAUAAAAAAUAUAAAUAAAUAAAUACUGCAUUUAAUCAUAUGUUCAAAAAAAAUAUUUAGUCAUUUAUCUACAGUCAGAAAUGCAGUUGUGCAUGUAGGUCAUCUUAUUUGUCCCCUACAAAAGGGCAUUAGCCUCUAAAGACCCACAAUUUUCAGAUUGUCUCAUUGUACAUGUAUAUAACAUCAUUAGAUUUUAAUGUCAUCAUCUGGAUUUACUUAAAUCUGCAUCAUCUUCAUGUAACAGUUUUCUUGUUGAUGAUCAAGAAAACUAUUGCUAACUUUUGUACAAAAGUUCCAAUGCCUGGAGAAUUGGAAUUAUACUGGUUUUUCUUGCUGUCAUGAUAUUAGUACUACAGAUAGUUGAAUAAUUAUGCCUCCCCUGACUAGGUGAGAUGGAUUUUGUCUAAUCUGUCUGUAACUCCAUCAGACGGGGGGUCAAAACACUUGUCAGGGCAUUUGAAUGAAAUUUCAAAGGAUUGAUAAGUGUCAAGUCUAGUUUGCGCAUAAAGGAUGGUUUUUACAUUUAGAUGUUUUUAAUUGAGUAAAGGCACUUGAUUUUUAUACAUAAAAUCAAAAUUUCUUGUUGGCGCGACUCCUAAACCCCGCGUCCAAUUUCUACAAAACUUCACAACAAAGGAUUGUUAUGAAGUGCAGGUUUGUGUCUGCAACACAUUCAGCUCUGAUUAUUAUGGAGUUAUGGCCCCCUAAAAAUCUGUCCUUAAUAAAAUUUACCCAGCUACUUCUGUAUUGUGUGUUAGACUUUAUUAAGACUAUAGGAAGGCUUAGUACCAAGCCAAGUUGUACAUGUUAUUGGUUUUAUGGUUGAAGGAUUUAAUGCAUAGGGAGACAUGUGUUUUGUUUAGCUCACCUGAGCAUGAAGUGCUCAAAGGUGAUCUUUUGUGAUCACCCUGUGUCCGUCUCCGUCCGUCUGUCGUCAACAAUUUGUUAACACUCCAGAGGUCACAAUUUUUGCCCGAUCGUAAUGAAAUUUGGUCAGAAUGUUACUCUAAAUAAAAUCGAUAUUGGGUCAUCUAGGGUCAAAAAUGAAGUCACCAGGUCAAAUCAAAGGAAAAGCUUGUUAA